AUGUCUGCUACACAGAAGACAGUCGUCGUUGGGGCUGGGCCUGUCGGCUCUCUGGCUGCUUUAUUUGCCGCUCAGCGUGGUCAUGAAGUUGAGGUCUAUGAACUACGCCCAGAUUUGCGCAAUCCCGGAACAAUUCCCUUGAACUUCACAAAGUCAAUCAACUUGGCCAUAUCAGAACGUGGCAUCAACGCAAUGCGGAGUGCCGGCCAUCCCAGUCUACUCAAAACAGUAAUGACCGGCACUAUUCCAAUGCGAGGUCGCAUGAUCCACGGCAAGAGUCCAUUGGGCGAUCUCUAUGAACAUGCUCAAGACUACGAUGCAAAAGGGCGUGCCAUAUAUGCCAUUGAUAGAUCCGGACUAAACGAGAAACUUCUCAACGUCCUAGACUCCAUGCCGAACGUCAAAUUGUUUUUCAACCACAAGCUGACUGGAGCUGAUUUUCGCGCGCGGCGAGCUUGGUUCGAAGCCCGCGACGUAGAUGUAUCCCCUAAUGGUCGCCCAAGGGAAAUUGAGAUUUCGUUCGAUCUCAUGAUUGGCGCCGACGGAGCCCAUUCCGCAGUGAGGUACCACAUGAUGAAGUUUACGAGAAUGGAUUAUCAACAGGAAUACAUCGAUACCCUUUGGUGCGAGUUCCGCAUCGAGCCGCAGGAAGCGCUAUCACACGGGGAGAAUGGGGCAAAAUUUCAGAUCUCACAAAACCAUUUACAUAUUUGGCCGGGUCGGGACUUCAUGUUUAUUGCUAUCCCAAGCGAGGAUGGAUCGUUUACAAGCACCCUCUUCCUUCCUAGCAAGCAGUUUGCUGAAUUGGAAAACAACCCAGCUCAGCUUCCGUCUUUCUUUGACCAAAAUUUUCCAGGAGUAACCGACCUCAUUCCCAGAGAAAGCCUCAUAUCAUCGUUUCAGUCAAACCCCCAUCUACCACUAAUCAGCCUUAAAUGUCGUCCGUAUCACUACAGCUCCUCUGGGGUCAUCGUUGGAGACGCAGCCCACGCAAUGGUGCCUUUUUACGGACAAGGCAUGAACGCGGGAAUGGAAGAUGUUCGUAUCCUUUUCUCCAUAUUCGACAAGCAUAACGAGAUGCUUGAGAACAACAAUUCCCUUGUCGAGGGUCACAAAUCAUCUCCCAUGUCUAUGUCUUCGAGGGCUGAGGCAUUGGCGGAGUAUUCGGAUAUUCGUGCACCAGACGCAUAUGCUAUCAACGAACUGGCCUUGCAAAACUAUGUUGAAAUGAGGUCUUCGGUGCUAUCCAUGCGUUAUAGACUGCGGAAAUUCUUGGAGGAGUUUAUGAGUGUUAACUUUCCAAACUUUGGUUGGCAAACGAAAUACUCUAGAGUCAGCUUCAGUAACCAAGGUUACAGCGAUAUUGUGAGGCAGAGCGACCACCAGGGUCGAAUACUUAUGCGGGUAUUUGCUGCGUGCGUCACAGGUCCUGUCGCCACUGCAUUCUUGAUUUUUGGAUAUCAAUAUAGGAAGCCUCUGCUUUCCACGGCAGCCGGGAUCUUAGGUUUGAACUAG